AAUAAAAAAUACAUAUCUGGUUCGGGUUGUGAAAUGUCUUAAUUUUGGUUUACGAUGCAAUGACUGUCUUUAAAACUUUGCUUUUUCUAUGCUUUUGGCCACAUCAGGAAAAAUAAAUUUGGAUAGUUGUAACUCAGAUUUUGCAUCAUUCCACAUAAUGCAUGAAGCAACAUAUCAACUAGAGACAUAUUUACAUGAUUUUUUUUUUUUUUUUUGCGAAAAACUGAGCCUUUCAGGGAUGCCCCAUUUGUUCCCCUUCAUGACAGUCAUCUGUUUCCGUUUGACCUAUUCACCAGUGGGAUGUUCUGAACAGAUGUUUUAUUUUAAGCUUUUGUUUGGCUCUGUCCCACCUUUUUUUUUUUUUUUUUUUUUUUUGGAACUGUAGGCAUCCAAGUCAAAAUUGGAGAAUAUUUGCACACACACAAAAAGCACAAUAACCUUUGUCAGUUUGAACAUUAAAUAUCUUAAAUUAGAUAUAGGUUGAAAAGGAUUUGCAAAAUCACCGUAUUACCUUUUUUUAUGCACGGCUCACUCACCCAGAGUCAUCGGAUUAACUUUGUCCGAUGCAAAAUCAGUUUUCCUUCUAUCUUUUUAGCCACACAGCCCACUUCCCUUUGCACGCUCUUAUUUUGCGGCCCGAGCGGAAGCGCGUCGUCAAGCGCGAGCUUGGCUCGACGCUCGUCAGCUGAGCUCGACAGACUGCGCGUCUCCUCGCGCUCCGCUUUUGUUUUUCCUCCCAACUUGACCCGACAUCUUCUUCCGCCGCCAUCAUGGGCCACCACGUCGGGCCCGGGCCGUGAGGGAAGACGGGGAGGAGGAGGAGAAGAUGCCUGAUGGGUCGCUCCAUCACGUCGUGAGGGGAGCGCGAUGCCCAGGUUCGGCGUCAGGUGGCUGCUCGCCGCCUUGCUGCCGCUGCUGCUCGGCGGGGCCUUCUUCUUCUGCGAGUAUCUCAUCUACUUCCCCGUCAUCCUCAAGUGCGAAUGGCCACGGGUGCGGGAGCUGGCGCGCGGCGGCGGCGGGGGGGAGGCCGUCGACGGCCGGCCGCCGGACUCGCCGCCGGUCCGCGCCAUGGUUCUGUCCGACACGCACCUGCUGGGGGCCGUCGGCGGCCACUGGUUCGACAAGCUGAGGAGGGAAUGGCAGAUGGAGCGCGCUUUCCAGACCGCGCUGUGGCUCCUCAGGCCCGAGGUGGUCUUCAUCCUGGGGGACAUCUUCGACGAGGGCAAGUGGAGCUCACACAAGAAUUGGGAGGACGACGUGCGGCGCUUCCACAGGAUGUUUCGACACUCGGGCGACACCGAGCUGGUGGUCCUGGUCGGGAAUCACGACAUCGGCUUCCAUUACGAGAUGGACUGGUUCAAGCUGCAGCGCUUCGAGAAGGUCUUCAACGCCUCUUCCACCAGGAUCGUCACCAAAAACGGAAUCAACUUCUUGCUGGUGAACAGCGUGGCGCUGCACGGCGACGGCUGCCCCAUCUGCCAGUCCGUGGAGAAGGAGCUCUUCAGACUCUCCAGGGGACUCAACUGUUCUCUGCAGGCGAGUCGGCGGCACGCGCGUGCGCACAACACCGAAGAAAAGCCGCAAAGCAAACUCGUGUUUUUACAGAGUUCUGGGGACGACUGCGAGGGAACGCAGAUGUACCCGCCCACACCUCCCAUCAUGUUACAGCACUACCCGCUGUACCGAGUGAGCGAUGCGGCGUGCACGGGGACUGACGCCGCGCCGGCCGGACAGCGACACCUUCUGUUCAGGGAGAAGUACGACGUGCUGUCCAAGGAGGCCUCCCAGAGGCUGCUGCAGUGGUUCAAGCCCCGCCUCAUCCUGAGCGGACACACCCACAGCGGCUGCGAGGUCCUCCACGACAACAAGUACCCAGAGGUCAGCGUGCCGUCCUUCAGCUGGAGGAACCGAAACAAUCCCAGCUUCAUCCUGGCAUCCGUGUCACCGGCCAGCUACGCGCUGUCCAAGUGUUUCUUACCGGAGGAGAGCACCGUCAUCGGCGUGUACUGCUCGGCCGGGGCCUGCCUGAUGCUGCUGGUCCUGGCCCACUGCUUGUGGAUGAAGGGCCUGCUGCAGUGCCUCAGCCUCUGCCUGCUGGGGAAGCACAAGCCUCUGUGAAACGACCGCAUCCACACACGAGGCACAGACUCCAGACACCCUGAUGGGUUUGUUUUAUCCCAAUAUUUCACAAACCUGUUAAGUCCUUUUAACAACUUGAGUGAAACGUGAUUAUUUAUGAAGUGGUGAGAGUAGCUUGUGAUCUCCCCCACACACAAAAUAAACAUGGGUCCGUUUUCUCCUGCACGUGAGUUUGCUUCCGCCAAGAAUCCAGGAUGACCCAAUUCCACUAAACAAGCCACCACUGACAUUCAGGCACUUUGCCUUUUUUUUUUUUUGACACCCAGAAAUAAGUUUAUUACUAUUAAAUGUCAAUUUUAAGUGUCAAGACGUGCCAUGUGAUUCACUGUGAAUUCCGAACACAUUGCUCAUCUCACGUUUUUGUGUUAUUGAAGGGUUCUUCUGAUCACGCAGGUCGUUUUUUUUUUUUUGUGGGUCACCUUCCGUGCCAAAUAUUUUGACAGAUUUUGUGAAGUUGACAUUUGUACAUCAAUUGUGCGUUAAUAAAUCAUCUUUGUGACACCGGCA